AUGCAGAACCUCAUACACACAUUCAUCGACCCGCUAAGGGACCGAUUCGCGCCCAUCAACAACACCUCCAAUUUCCGCUCCACCGGCCAGAUCACGCCCGAAGAGUUCCAGGCUGCUGGUGAAUUCCUCGUGCACAAGUUCCCUAGCUGGAAGUGGGCAGAUGCAGCUUCACCGAGCCAGCGAGUCUCCUACUUCCCGGCCGGCAAGCAGUAUCUGGUGACUCGCGGAGUGCCUUGCCGCAAGCGCAUCAAGGCCGAUGACUUCGCCGGCUCCGAUGCAGAGGACCAGCUGGUGCGGGACAUGCUGAAAGAGACAGGCGGCGACGCUGGCGGUGAAGAUGAUGGCUGGCUGAAGGCGGGUGGUAGCAGUGGACCUGAAGACAGCAAGCUCCUCAAAGACGUUAGAACUGUUGACGAGGACGGUAAAGUCGGGGAAAACGCUGAGGAGGAGGAUGAGAUCCCAGAUAUGGACGACGAAGAGGAUGACGAGGAGGCUAUCAUUCGCGACACCAGCGCAGGCAGGAAGGACGAAGGACUGCGGACCUACACGCUCUACAUUACCUACACUCCAUACUACCGCACACCUCGUCUCUACCUCCUUGGCUACGAUGCAGCCUCCAACUCGCCGCUACCUCCGAUCAGCAUGAUGGAAGACAUCGUCGGUGACUACAAAGACAAGACUGUGACCCUCGAGGACUUCAACUUCACCGAUCCGCCGAUCAAGACUGCCUCCGUACAUCCCUGCAAGCAUGCAAGCGUUAUGAAGGUGCUCUUGGAUCGUGCCGAUGCUGCCUUGAAGCUUCGCAUCGAAAAGAUGAAGCAUGGAGAGAAGCCAGCCUUGGCGGGCAUGGAAGGACUGGUUGACCAGACCUCAGCCUUGGGUCUUCAAGAGAAGGACAAAGCGUCGAAGAGCAAGGACAAGGAUGGCGAGGCGGACUGGGAAGUGCUGUCUGGAGAUGGUGCUGACGAUCCAGAGGUGCCGGCCAUUCGCGUGGACCAGUAUCUCGUGGUAUUCCUCAAGUUCAUGGCUUCUGUCACUCCAGGCAUCGAGCAUGACUUCACCAUGGGUGUCUGA